AUGAUGCAGAAGCUAUCAAUUUUAUUAGGGCUGAUCGUCUCGGCAACUUGCAUGUUGUUGCAUCGGGAACCUAUACCGUUGUACCUGCCAGUCCAGUACCGCGAAUCUACGCCGGCUUACAAUUUCGGCUAUGAAGUCAACGACGCUCACACUGGAGACUUCAAAAGACAGCAGGAGAGUCGCAGAGGAGAUAUCGUGUUGGGACAGUAUUCUCUUCUCCAACCAGAUGGGAUUUUAAGAACAGUGGAAUAUAGAGCUGAUGAUCAUACGGGAUUCAAUGCAGUUGUGAACAACGAAGGUAGAUCUAGCAAUGCCCCUACAGACCGUCAAGAGGAAAGCGGUAAUGAUGCGUCGGAAAGACAACCAAACGAAAGACCUUCAGUAGAACAAGCUCGACAGCCUUCUAACGACCAGCAGUCCACUUUGUCGCCACCAACGAUUUCGCACACGUCUGUUGUCCAUCACAUACUUCACAGAUGGUGA